UCAAGUUCGGCUCACUAACAAGUUUUAUCAACCUAAUUUUAUAAUCCGAGUAUCCAAUCAUAUUCAUAUACACUUGCCUCAUGUGCAGCUCCGCAUAAACCCCUUUCCCCAACAUAAACCCUAAAAACUCCAUUGCUGAAAUCCCUCCUUCAACAAUGGCGAAGAAUAAUGGCACCGAAACGAAGAAGAAAAACAAGAAGAAAUCAAAGCAAUCUGGCGUAAACAAAGUAUCCAUGAAACUCAAUUUAGUUCCCAAAGAUAACCCUUUCAAGACCAUUUGGUCCCGCCGCAAAUUCGACGUUAUUGGCAAAAAACGCAAAGGUGAAGAACGCCGUAUUGGCCAAGCUCGUACUCGCGCUAUUGAUAAGAGGAAGAAGACGUUGUUGAAGGAGUAUGAACAAAGCGGGAAAGCUUCGGUUUUUGUGGAUAAGCGAAUUGGGGAGCAGAAUGGUACUCUUGGUGAAUUUGACAAGGCUAUUUUGCGUUCUCAGCGUGAGCGCCAGAUGAAAAUAAAAAAGACAAACAUGUAUAAUUUAUCUGAUGAAGAAGAAGAUGAUCUUGAUAUCAAUGAUGGACUAAGGGAUGACUUCAAUGACGAUGUGGAAUAUGAUAGUGAUGAGGAAACAGGUCAAGACAGGUCUUCCAUCUCAAGGCUUGGGCGUAAAUCAGUGGAUGCAGACAUAGCCGAAGGGGAGGGAAAUAGGGUGAAGAGUAAGAAGGAGGUGAUGGAAGAGAUCAUUCAGAAAAGCAAGUUUUUCAAGGAACAAAAAGCGAGGGAAAAAGAAGAAAAUGAGAAGCUGGUUGAUCAAUUGGACAAAGAUUUUGAAUUAUUAGUUCAAUCAGAUGCUUUAUCAUCUCUUACUCAACCAAGCAAGAUGAAUGCUUUGAAGGCUCUUGUGAAUCCAAACUUUUCAAAAGAUUUAAAAAAUAAAGAGGUUACAUCAGUUUCUGAUGUUUCCAAGCAGGAUGAACCUGAUAUUUAUGAUAAAUUGGUAAGCGAGAUGGCAUUCGAGAUGCGUGCUCGCCCGUCAGAUAGGACUAAGACACCAGAAGAGAUAGCUGAAGAGGAAAAAGAACGGCUAGAGCGACUUGAGCAAGAGAGGCUGGAUAGGAUGCGUGCUACUGAUGAUACAAGUGAAGAGGAUGGUGAUGAUUCUGAAGAUGAUGUCAAGCAUUCUGCUAACAAACAAAGUCAUGUUUCUGGUGAUGACCUUGGUGACUCAUUCACUGUUGAUGACAAGCCACUAAAUAAAAAGGGAUGGGUUGAUGAAAUUAUGGAAAAGAAUGUUUCAGAGGAUACUGGGGAUGAAGAUAGUGGGUGUUCUGAUGAUUCAGACGAGAGUGAAGAUGAUGAAGAAGGGACUGACAAUGAGGAGGAUGACGGAAAGGGAGAAACAUUGAAGGACUGGGAAGAGAGUGAGGAUGAUCUUGGUACUGAUCUUGAUGAGGAGGACGAGUCAGAUGAAGAAGAGGAAGGAGAAGAUGAUAAAACACAGGAAGAGAGAAAGGACAAAAAGAAUGAGAGGCUUGUCAAUCCUGACAGAAAGGAGCAAAAGAAAACUGCAAUGCUGAAUGUAGGUGUGGCACAGAGUUCAAGGCUUAAAAAGGAACUUCCUUUUACAAUUGAUGCUCCAGGGAGUAUGGAGGAUUUAUACGCACUGUUUCAAGAUCGUUCAAAUGAAGAUAUUAUUGAAGCAAUUAUGAGGAUCCGCAAAUGUAAUCCAAUUCAUCUUGCUGCCGAAAAUAGGAAGAAAAUGCAAGUGUUCUAUGGGCUUCUCCUGCAGUACUUUGCUACAUUACCAAACCAAAAUCCAUUAAACUUUCAAUUAUUGAACUUACUGGUCAAACCAUUGAUGGAGAUGAGCACAGAAAUUCCAUAUUUUUCAGCAAUAUGUGCUCGUGAACGGAUUUUACGGACUCGUACAAAAUUCACUGAGGAUAUCAAAGACCCAGAGAAAAGCUCCUGGCCUUCCCUGAAGACCUUGCUUCUAUUGAGACUUUGGUCCAUGAUAUAUCCAUGCUCUGACUUCCGUCAUGCUGUCAUGACACCAGCUUCUUUGUUAAUGUGUGAAUAUUUGACACGUUGUCCUGUUCUGUCUGUCCGCGAUGCUGCAAUCGGGUCUUUCUUAUGUUCCAUAAUUUACUUGGUGACUAAAGACAAUAAGAAGUACUUUCCUGAAGCUUUAAUGUUUCUCAAGACUUUACUAGUUGCAGCUAUAGAUAAAGAUCCUAAAGGCAUCAAGGACUCUCAGAUGUAUCAACAUCUUCUAGAGUUCAAAGCACCCGUGCCAUUGUUGCGCAUAGAAGAAAAUAUAAAGGACAUUAAGCCUCUGGACUUCUUGAAGAUAAUGAAGUUGCCUGAAGAUUCCUCCUUUUUCAACAGUCAAGGUUUCAGGGCCAGUGUGCUUGUCUCAGUGGUGGAGACCCUCAGGGGAUUUGUAAAUGUCUAUGGAGAACUUAAAGCCUUUCCUGAAAUAUUUUUGCCUGUAUCAGCAUUGAUGGUUAAAGUUGCUGAUCAACAAAAUAUGCCUGGUGUUUUGCAAGAGAAAUUACGAGAUGUAGGCGAGCUCAUAACAACGAAAGUCGAGGAAUAUCACAAACUCCGACAACCACUUCAGAUGCGGAAGCAGAAGCCUGUGCCUAUGAAAUUACUGAACCCCAAGUUUGAGGAGAAUUUCGUAAAGGGUAGGGAUUAUGACCCUGAUCGUGUUCGAGCUGAGAAUAAGAAGAUGAAGAGACUUCUGAAAAAAGAACGCAGGGGAGCUGUUAGUGAGUUGAGGAAAGAUAAUUACUUCCUCCAAGAGGUGAAGAUGAAAGAGAAGCAACGACUGGACGAGGAGAGAGCAGAAAAUUAUGGUAAGGCAAGAGCUUUUCUUCAGGAGCAAGAACAUAAUUUUAAGUCUGGGCAGCUUGGAAAGGGUCGUAAGAGAAGAAGAUAGAAAGGAUUUUCAAUUGUCAAUGAGGUAUUUUAUAGUUCCAAACCAUAUGCUCUGAUAGAUCAUCAAAAGAUGUGAAUUUGAGUAUGGUGUAUGUUGGUUCUCUUUUCUGUUUAGGCUGGGUUAACGGAGUAUGAUCAUCACUAAUUUACGUUACCUAGAAGUGGAAACUGUCAGGUGAGAAUGGAAGAUGCAUGAAAGUUGGAUUAGUGGCUUACUGCCAUUUGAUUGUCAUUUGCUGGGUUUGUGGGAGAACCGACUGGUUUACUUCAUUUUCUGGCUUUGAAAGAGUUAGUAUCCGGCAUGUCCAUUGUACUUCCAGUAUCCAGCAUAUUAGAAUAGGAAAAUUUUGUGAUUUAAUUUGGUUUAUCAGCUACUCAUAGGAAAUGCAAUACUCUGCAGUUUUGCUCUUCUGUAUAGUGUUUCCCUCUUUCUUUCUUUCUUUUUUUUUUUAGGUUUUCUUUAUAAGGUAUCUGAACGAAUACAGCAGGUCUGGCAUCAUUCUAUGUUUUUACAUGCUCAACAAAUACAGCGUUUCUCUUUUAAUACAAGUACAUUUUUUUGAGGAUAGCUAAAUCUAGUGUAAGGGAGAUAAAAAGUAAUUGUUUCAAAUUCAUUACAUUACGCCUAGUGUUAAAUUGGGUACAUUGUACACUUGUUCCAGCAACCUUGAGGCAUUAAGCCAUUAAUAGCUUUUCUACGCAUCCAUAUUAGAAACAUCGGGCUAUGCAUGUAGACGGUCAUGUUAGUAGGACGAGGGUGCUUGUGCCUCUGGAACUACGUCUUGGCAGUGAGGCUGGUUCCUCGUAAGUUGAAGCAGCAUGAAUCAGAUUUGAUUUCUCAUAUUAUCUAUAGUUUAUGAGGAUAAUUCUAUUAUCUUAAACUUCAUGUGUAAUAUUCUGAUUUCCAUUUAAUUUUGUUAUGAACUUUUUCUUACACUGAAGUUACACAUGAUGAUCAAAUUUUGCA